UGAUGAUCAGUAUUAAGCAAUAUAAUUGAGUAUGAUAACACGAGAGCAACAUCCUUGUUAGCUAGGAUAUCUGGUGAUUGUUCAAGCACCCUGUGUAUGUUCUGUGAUUCUCCAGGAAGCCUAAAAGUCUCCAAAAAUACACGUAAGGCUGUGUCUAAGGUCAUGGAAAUCAAAUGUCUAAGCAAAUUCAUGAAGAACCUGAAUGUAGAAUUCAUCAUGAUCUCCAAGGAAAUCACCAAUGGAAUUCUUAUCCAACCUAGCUGUGUAUCUUAAAAAGCAGGCAACACUUUGGGAAUCAGCAAACGUUCUAAAUUCUCAUCUUCAACUUGAAGAGGUGUCGGAAAAAUCAAAGGCGUUAAUACCUGCUGACAGCCUCCGAGCACCAACUCAAAUUUCAGAGUCUACAUCUAAUGUUUUGCCAAAAGGUAAUUAUUUAUUCAUACCCCCACAGUCUGAAUUCCAUUUGUCACCAACAAUGGUGCAUGGUUAUUUCACAGAGACUAAAGAUUUGGCUACUGAAACGUCAACUGUUCAAAAGUUUGAUUUUGCUUCAUAUAAUGAAAACAAACCUACUCGGUGGUUUUGGACAAUCAAGACAGCUUGGUAGUGGUUUACCUGGAAGUGGUUUUUCCCCUCCCAGUGCUUUUGGUCGUGGAUUUGCUGGAAGUAGUUCUACUAACACUGCCAUUGGUGGAGGGUUUGCUGGUGUUGCAU